AUGGGCCAGUCCCAGGAUCUGCAGGAUGGGAAGCCAGUGUCCCUGUCGCCGCCGGAGUCGCAGCCGCACAGCCCCCGGUACGCCGCCGCCGGCCAGCGGGAGCGCGAGAGCCUGGAGGUGCGCGUGCGCGAGGUGGAGGAGGAGAACCGCGCGCUGCGCCGACAGCUCAGCCUGGCGCAGGGCCGUGGCCCGGCGCACCGCCACGGCAACCACUCCAAGACCUACUCGGUGGAGGAAGGAACCGGGGACAGCGAGAACCUCCGCGCCGGCAUCGUGGCGGGCAACAGCUCCGAGUGCGGGCAGCAGCCGGUCGUGGAGAAGUGUGAGACAAUCCACGUUGCUAUCGUCUGUGCCGGGUAUAAUGCCAGCCGCGACGUUGUCACCUUGGUCAAGUCUGUCCUGUUUCACAGGCGGAACCCCCUGCACUUCCACCUCGUCGCCGACUCCAUCGCGGAGCAGAUCCUGGCGACGCUCUUCCAGACCUGGAUGGUUCCCGCCGUGCGUGUGGACUUCUACAAUGCAGAUGAGCUCAAGUCUGAAGUGUCCUGGAUCCCCAACAAACACUACUCUGGCAUUUAUGGUCUGAUGAAGCUCGUCCUGACCAAGACUCUUCCUGCCAACCUGGAGAGGGUCAUUGUCCUUGACACAGAUAUCACCUUUGCGACCGACAUUGCAGAGCUAUGGGCCGUGUUCCACAAAUUCAAAGGAUUCCCGCCAGAGGGUGUGGGCUUUGUCCACAAAGCCAUCGAGGCUGGCGUGACUGGAGAAUACUACAUGCAGAGGCCCGAGGUCCCCAGAGAGGAUGGUGCAGACAAGCAGUGA